AUGCCAGCAAAAUCACAACAAGAUUGGGAAAUAGAUUUUAAUCAGUCGUCCGAACCAGCAGACUCACAAAUCAACUAUGAUGAUGCAAUUCAAUAUUGGUCCAACACUCCUGCAUCUGUUAAUGGAGUGCUUGGAGGGUAUGGCGAACAAACAUCGGUGCCGAAAGCAGACAUUGUUGGGUCUUCUACAUUCUUGCGAAAACUAGCUACCAGAAUGACAUGCCCUGAAGGUUUACCAAAGACCACUAUUGAUAUGGGUGCUGGUAUCGGUAGAAUUACUCGUGAUUUACUUUGGAAAGUUAGCGAUUCAGUGGAUUUGUUGGAACCAGUUAAACCAUUUGUAGCACAAAUGCACAAUGAGUUGGCUGAGGUGAAUAAAAGAGGUAAAUUGGGUAAGAUAUAUGAUAUUGGUAUGCAAGAUUGGCAACCUGAGCAUCCGUAUUGGUUGAUUUGGUGCCAAUGGUGUGUUGGACAAUUGCCUGAUGAUGUAUUGGUUGAAUUCUGGAGCAGAUGCCGUUCAGCAUUGAUUGAAAAUGGUACUAUGAUUGUCAAGGAAAACAUUGCCCCCUUUGAGGACAUAUUUGAUGAGACUGAUAGUUCUGUUACACGUACAGAUGCCAAGUUCAGAGAAUUGUUUGAACGAGCUGGGUUUAAGUUGAUAGCCAGCGAUAUACAGAAAGGUUUACCAAAGGAACUAUAUCCAGUUAGAAUGUACUGUUUGAAAAGUAAGUGA